AUGGCGGAAAACCUUCCUCCUUCCACCCUGCCGCCACCACCUUCUUCCUCGGUUGGCGUUCCAGGUUACGAGGUUACUGGCAGCAAUGGGCACACUGCCGCGGCCAUGGGACCCCCUCCAUUGCCUCCAGUCGUCAUCCCUGCGAACACCAAUCCGGUUCCCAGUCAAGUCACGCCUGGGUCUGCUUCCGCCGGCGGAGUCGUUCGCAGGGCUGCACCCGAGCCGAACAAAAGAGCACUUUAUGUGGGUGGUCUUGAUCCUCGCGUGACAGAAGACGUCUUGAAGCAGAUAUUCGAGACAACAGGUCAUGUUCUCAGCGUCAAGAUCAUUCCGGACAAAACUUUCAGUACCAAAGGGUUCAACUACGGCUUUGUCGAAUACGAUGAUCCGGGUGCGGCUGAGCGCGCCUUGACCACCUUGAAUGGUCGCCGGGUCCAUCAAGCCGAGAUUCGGGUCAACUGGGCUUAUCAGUCCAACGCCAGCAACAAGGAGGACACUUCAAAUCAUUUCCAUGUAUUCGUCGGCGAUUUGAGCAACGAAGUCAAUGACGAGGUUCUCCUCCAAGCAUUCUCUGUUUUUGGGUCCGUCUCAGAGGCACGAGUCAUGUGGGACAUGAAGACCGGCCGAUCGCGCGGGUACGGCUUUGUGGCGUUCCGGGAACGAGCCGAUGCUGAAAAGGCCCUCGCGUCUAUGGAUGGUGAGUGGCUCGGCAGUCGGGCCAUCCGUGUCAACUGGGCAAACCAGAAAGGUCAACCAUCCAUCUCCCAGCAACAAGCGAUGGCUGCGAUGGGCAUGAGUCCUACCACACCAUUUGGGCAUCACCAUUUUCCCACUCAAGGUAUCCAGUCUUACGAGAUGGUUGCGAACCAAACUCCCGCCUGGCAGACCACGUGCUAUGUCGGUAAUCUCACGCCUUAUACUACACAAGCAGAUCUAGUGCCACUGUUCCAGAAUUUCGGCUAUGUGGUGGAGACUCGAUUCCAGUCGGAUCGUGGGUUUGCAUUCAUCAAGAUGGACUCGCAUGAGAAUGCGGCAAUGGCUAUCUGCCAACUGUCCGGUUACAAUGUCAACGGAAGACCAUUGAAAUGCUCGUGGGGCAAAGAUAGACCCCCAACUGGUCAAUUCGAUACGUACUCGCCACAGACCUCGGUUGGCUCUGCCACGACUCCUGGGGGCUAUAAUCCGGCCUCCCCAUACUUCCCGCAGUAUGGUGCCCCUGGUCCAAUCACCCCGCAAGGUCCAAGUCCCCCCGGCCGUGUUCCCUGGGAUUCGAACCAUCUAGCAAGUCCCUAUACCCCAUCCCCUCAGUCAGCAUAUGGACAGGUCCCACCUUCAGCUGGUGGGUACGGCCGCGGUCAGGCUGCACCAGGAGGAAUGUACCAACAACCUCCGCCGUCGUUCGGCAAUGCUUAUACCGGCUAUCAGGGGUGA